GUGUAUUGUCCAGGUCGUCGUUGUAUUCCCACGAGGAAGUUGCGUACUUUCGUAACUGAUACUUCUGAACUUGAUAGAAAUUGAAUUUUUCGGGUCAUACUUGUAACAAUGCAAUGUAUGCUAUAUUAACCUGAAUUAAAGAACGUCGAGACUGCUAAUAUGGCUUCAUGUCCAUUUAGACGUUCGUCAUCACACGUGCUCCCUACAAAUGGUGCCCUCAAAAGAGCGUUAACUGUCCGACAGUGCUCUGUACAAAUAUCCACAGCCGAAGAUGCAGAAGAAGAAGAUAACACCUUAAACUUGAAGCAUUUGAGUGCUGCCAUACUCUUACUGACUGCUCCUCCCAAUGGUGCUUUACAAACGGCUGUGAAUUCGUUCUUGAAAAAACAAGCGGAUAGCAACCCUCAGCGAUACUCUUGUCUAUCCGUUCUACCUGAAGACGUUAGCGGUUGUAAUCAUUAUGAUUUCUUGGAGGAUUUGUACGACGCCGUUCGCAACGACGAUCAUGUGAACGAGAAGGAUUUUUUGGAUCAGCUGGGUCAAGAACUAAUAACGACAUCGUGCUCGGACAUAUUUGUUAGAGCCCUAAUGUGCUUAGGGGGCGACUUAAAAGAGUUCCUAACGACGCUGGAUGGCGUACACGACGUACUUCAACAUCAACAAGUAACCGAAGAUGCGGACCACGAAGCCGUUUUUGUAUGCACAAUCUGCGAUGACUAUCUUCGUUUGGAGUUUGCGACCGAAAAACCGGCGGUCGCUUAUUUACUCGUCGGUAGCUUGCGAGCAAUUGCGAGACUACUGUAUUCGACUGAAGCCGAAAUUACUAUCUCACAAAACAAUCAGGAUCACAGGCAUUAUAGGUACAAAAUAAAAAAUUACCACGCCGAAUCGCCAUACCUCACAGGCUCCAUUUUACAGAGUCUCUCAUCGCCUUUGGUAACCGAUUUACAAAUGGGUGUUGCUACAUUCUGUAAAGCGUUCCCGUGGCACUUUGUGAUAGACAGAAAAUUAGAGUUAGUCCAAUUAGGUUCCUGCUUCAUGCGAUUGUUUGGUUGCGUUUUGAAGUCGUGCGGUGCGGCCGCGUCAACCUAUUUCGAAUUUCAUCGGCCAAGAAGUACAACGUUGUCGUUUAACGAAAUUAUAAAGCGUGCGAAUUCGCCGUUCGUGCUUGCAAUCCGAAAACCUACAGGAAUAGCAGAAUUUCCAGCUGAAGGAUUAGAGCUGAAGGGACAAAUGGUAUACUGUUCUGAAUCCGACUCGAUUCUUUUUAUCGGUUCUCCCUUUUUGGAUGGACUUGAAGGACUUACGGGAAGUGGCCUUUUUAUCUCUGAUAUACCUCUCCACGAUGCUACUCGAGAUGUAAUUCUUGUAGGGGAACAAGCGAGAGCACAGGAUGGUUUGAGGAGAAGAAUGGAUAAGCUUAAAAGUUCAAUUGAAGAAGGAAAUAGGGCCGUCGAUAAGGAGAGGGAGAAGAACGUUAGUCUGCUACAUCUUAUAUUUCCACCUGAUAUUGCUAAACGCCUGUGGCUCGGCGAAACGAUCGAAGCAAAGACUCACGAGGAUGUUACGAUGUUGUUCAGCGAUAUUGUGGGAUUUACCUCGAUAUGUUCCACGACAACGCCGAUGAUGGUGAUCAAUAUGCUUCAAAAUCUCUACAGUCACUUUGAUGCCUAUUGUGGACUGCUCGACGUGUACAAGGUGGAGACUAUAGGCGAUGCCUAUUGCGUCGCCGGAGGACUACACAAAGACAGCAGCACUCACGCACAACAAAUAGCCUGGAUGGCGUUGAAAAUGAUAAAUAAAUGCGCUUAUCAUCAGACGCAUCAGGGCCAACCUAUAAGGAUGAGAAUUGGUAUACACACUGGGACGGUAUUGGCCGGAAUCGUCGGUGUAAAGAUGCCACGUUAUUGCAUGUUUGGACACAAUGUGACAGUCGCAAAUAAAUUCGAAUCCGGCAGCGAGCCCCUUCGAAUAAACAUCAGCCCAACAACUUUCGUGCGUCUCGUGCAAUCUCCCGGCUUUAGCUUUGAAGAGCGACCCCGUGAAUGUCUCCCGAAGGACUUCCCGGCACAUAUUCCCGGUACAUGUCACUUUCUAACCGGAUACCAUCAUCCCGAUAUUUCACCUGACAAAGAUCUGGCCGAUCACGUCGAAGCUGCGCUUAAAGAUAUCGGACUGUGUUCCGAACCCUCGUAAUAAAAGGCGGCCGAGUCGUCUCCGAAAUAUUUAGCAAUAAAAGAAAUUUCUCAUGAUUUAAAUUUUAGAAAUGCAAUUUGCGUUUCUUCGUUUAACGCUUUAAGCUAAAUUCAGUAGAGGGAAAAUGUAGGUACGUACUUUAAGUAAGGAAAAUUGCCUUAAACUGUACAUUAUUGCUAUAUUUCACUUGCACAGGAAACGUCGAGAGUCGCCUCUAACACCGCUUGCUAAUGCCUUAAAGUGUUUCGAUCAAACUUUCCUACUAGAUUUAAACUUAACCCUUUCCAAAGUAUAUUAGGAUAUAUCGGUAAGUGGGAUCAAACUUCUUAAUAGAAUCACUUCUUGUUGUAAUGACCAGAAAAGUUUGAUGGCUACACUUAGCAACAACAUUAAAAAGGUUUAAUUUUUUCUCUCAACUAACUGUAAAUAACCGUUAUGUACUAAUAUGUGUAUAUAAAAGCAUGUACAUUUACCCUGUAUAAAUGUUAAACACGCUCCUUUACUAAUAUUUUUAUCAAUCCUAUUUUUAUGCUGUCAACUAUGCAUAGAAAUGUAAGGUUGCACAAAAUUAUAUAUAAAAUGUGCACAGCUAACCCGUUUCUUAAACAUUGUAUUGUUUUGUACUUGUAACACAAUAAGCGGUUGUUCUAAAACUGGGAGAUAGUAAAUAUAUGUUUAAUAGUGUAAUUAUUACUAAUUUUGCUUUCCAAGUUCGGGAAGGUUACUGAUGUAUUGGGUGUCUAAACGAAUGUACCAAAAACCAGCAUGGAAUGUGAGUAAACAAAUAAAAGUUGUAUGUUUAUGUAGUGAUCUCCUUCCACUUUCACAAACUGUUGAUGUUUUAUGUAUAUUUUCUUUAAUAAACACUAAUUUGCAUUGUUAA